GCACAUACCUAAAAAGUGAGAGGGCUGGGAUUGAAGCAGUAGAAGUUUAUCGUUGCCGGACAGAGUCGAGGUCAGGAAUUCACACCUAUUCAAGAGUGAUUAUAUUAUACGUGCGCGUUCCGCGCGUCUUCUCCAUCGUGCGCCUCCGUCGACCUUCGCGUAAAGACCAUCAAUGAAGGAGCGCAGAUCUAUCCAGAAACUGUCCCUACAGCCCGGUAUGGAUUCGAGUCAGAGCGUCAAAUGCAAAAUCGUGGUCGUGGGAGACAGUCAAUGUGGGAAAACAGCUCUGCUCCACGUUUUUGCCAAGGACUGUUUUCCUGAGAAUUAUGUGCCCACUGUGUUUGAGAAUUACACAGCAAGUUUUGAGAUUGACAAACAGCGAAUAGAGCUCAGCCUGUGGGAUACCUCAGGCUCCCCUUAUUAUGACAACGUCAGACCUCUUUCGUACCCCGAUUCGGACGCCGUCAUCAUAUGCUUCGACAUCAGCCGACCAGAGACUCUGGACAGCGUUUUAAAAAAAUGGAAAGGGGAGAUCCAGGAAUUUUGUCCCAACACAAAAAUGCUGCUCGUCGGAUGCAAGUCGGACCUUAGGACGGACCUGACGACUUUAGUCGAACUGUCCAAUCACAGGCAGACGCCCGUGUCAUACGAUCAGGGUUCAGCCAUGGCCAAGCAGAUAUCAGCGCCUUACAUCGAAUGCUCGGCGGUGCAGUCGGAGAACAGCGUGCGGGACAUUUUCCACAUGGCGACAUUGGCGUGCGUAAACAAGAACAACAAAAACAUCAAACGCAACAAAUCGGCACGCUCCACCAAACGCAUCUCGCACAUGCCCGUGCGACCGGACCUGGCCGCCGUGGCGACAGACCUGCGCAAGGACAAAGCGAAGAGCUGCACGGUCAUGUAAAAUGAGCUCGGUGGGGGGGACAGAUGCAUUGUGGGAAUCAGUGAGGGCGGACUGUGGAAGGUUAUCUGCUUCCAAACACAAAGCAGAAGCGGAGAGAGAGAGGAAAAGGAGCGCUGGGUCUCCGAAGUCCCUGAAGUUCUCUCGAAUUACGGAGUUCCGGAAUAACGGUAUGGCCCCACCCACCCCUCCCUAAC